AUGACGGAAAGCAGUUCCCUCACUGUAUCGGCAUCCUUGCCUGCGAGGAGUGCAGAGGACGUUCCGAAGCCUGUGGCGAUUACCUACGAGCCGGUAGCCUACAUCGCGGACGGCGGCUUCAGCACCGUUCACUCCGUCAGAAUCCUUGGCUGGGGCGAUGCCGCGUCCAAUGCAGGACAAAAUAUUCCCGGUAAAAUCAUGGCUCUGAAGCGAUCGAGACAGGAAGUCAGAUACAAGCACCGCGAGCACGAAGUCCACUCGCUGCUUCUUCACCCCCACAUCCUCCGCCUAGACGCCUUCUGGUUCACCGACGACCCGGACGAUCCGAGCAUCGCCCGCUAUCUCCACAUGCUCCUAACGCCCGUUAUUCCCGCCACGCUCGAGUCGCUCGCGCUGCCGAUCCCGCUCCCGCACGUCCUGUCCUACGCGCGCCAGAUCCUCUCCGCGCUCGCGUACAUGCACGACCCCGCGCGGCUCAUUGCGCACCGCGACCUCAAGCUCCCGAACGUCCUCGUGGACGUCGAUCACGGCGCGUUCCCCGAGGGCGGGAGGGUGGUGCUGUGCGACUUUGGGUGCGCGAAGCGCCUCGACCCUGGCGUGGAGAAUACCCAUAUCUACGGGCACCGGAACGCGAGGGCACCGGAAGCCCUGUUCGGAUCCACCCUGUAUACGUGCAAAGUUGACGUCUUCGCGCUGGCGCUGCUGAUGGUCAACAUGUUCAUCGGCGAGCCGUUGAUGGAGUACGCCGAAACCGAAGAAGCCCAGGGUGAGCUUUGCCGACAAACAUUAGGCGAACCGACCAGCGAAGAACGGCAAGACAUGGGGCUUGCGCCAACGACUGAGGUGGAGACGACGAUAACAGGUCCAACUGUAGAGAGCGUGGUCGGCAUGUUCGAUGUUCGAAACGAAGUCAAGGAUUUGCUGGAGGAGAUGAUGGCCUACUCCCCGUCGCGGCGUCUUAGCGCAAAGGAUGCGAUGUCGCAUCCCGUUUUGAUACCAUAUCCUAUUGCAGCCGAGUAG